UGCGGGAAGUUGGCCACAUACUAUUGGUAAGGGGUAUUGGAUAUAACGACUGUGGAGCUAGUGUGUUUGUAUAUAUGUAUAUUUACCUAUACAAAAAGUUUACAAAGAAAAAGUAAAAAACGAACAGUUAAAGUGAAAGCUAUUAAAAAGGGAAAUCUACGAAAACUGCUUUUAUAGUAGAGUUUAAAUAAAAGUGGAAGGUGGAACGUACAUCUUUUGAGGGGAAAAAGUGUAAACAUUUGAAGGGCUUGUUAUGGCGGGUAGGAACGUAUAGCAGCUGCCACACAGGCUUUGAAUGAAUAAUAUACCGAAAAAUUAGAAAUAGAAGAAUUUUCUUAAAUAGUUCUGUUUAAAAAAUCGUGUUUCGCGUCGAAACUUCUACCUUUACACGACAUUCGUUUAAAACAUUUAAAAACAAGCAGUGAAGAUGUCCAGUUGGGCGCGUCGUGCAGCAGACAUUAGCAAUGUUGUCACAUCAUGCGGACAUCCCGGUACUUCGGCACCAGAUUAUACAUAUCGACUGGAGAAAGUCAAAUUUGGUGUACCAUUGGAGGAAGUUUGCAAAAACAACGAAAACAUUCCCGGACCAUUACUAGUCCUUAUACUUAAGCUUAAUAAAGAAUCGCCAAAUAAGCGAGACGUAUUCCGGGCGCCUGGCCAUCAAGGUGCUAUGAAAAAACUUAUUCACUUCUUGCAAUCAGGACGAUUAGUAAAUGUAGACAACUAUUCAGUUUAUACUAUUGCCAGUGUUCUAAAAAAAUUUUUGCGAAAAAUUCCUAAUGGAAUAUUUGGGAGGACUGGUGAGAAGGAAUUGUUUGACAUAAUUGAACUGGAAGACGAAUCAGAGCAAACGGAUCGUUUGCAUAGAUUAUUUACAUCACUGCCAAAAUAUACUCAACGUUUACUAGUUUUAUUAUUUGGUACAUUCCGUGUUAUUGCCAGCAAUGCAAUUCAAGCUAGUACCGGCAUGACCAGUGAGGCACUGGGCGUUUCAGUGGCCCCGAGCUUCUUUCAAUCGUGCGUUAGUGAUGGUAAAACAGCGCGUAUGGAGGACGUGCUUAAGUUUAAGUACUUUCAACACUCUCUGGAGGCAGAGAAGACAUGGUUGCAAUGCCAGUGCGAGCGGUGGGGUUUGCUUGCUCAGGAAGAAUCCCGCUCUACGCCUGCCUUGCUAACCAGCUCAAGCUCAGCUUUAGACAACAGCGUGCUGUCACUUGGCGUAACACCAGAACACUCUUUUAUUGAAUCAUGUGCACGACUAUCUGUCUCCUUGGAAGGCCCAAGUCUAUUCGCGUUGACAUCUUCUCCGAUACCAAAGCGAAAUGCUCAGGAUUUGCAACGUGACACCGACAAUGAUGCUGACGCCGAUGAAGAGAAUUUUGCCGACGAAGAUGCUGACGCUGAUACCGAUGACUACGAAGAAGACUUCGCAGCUAAACUCGAAAUAAGUAACGAAGACGUUUUGGAAAAUAAUUCGAAAAAUAACUUUCCACGUACGACUGCUCCAAGCAAUUAUAGAACUGCAGCGGCAUCUACAGGCAAUAAUCGCGCCUUAACACAGGGUAAUGCCGCUAUGAAUACCACUUAUACUAUUGGUGUUGAGAAUAUCGAUAUAGUUGACUCGAAUGAUGAUGAAGGAGAUGAUGAAGUGACUGUAGUAAGGCGCCGUUAUCGUCAGAAUAGAAAGAAAAUACUAACCCAAACACGAAUGCAACACCAACGUCGCCUGCGUGCCGGCUCAAAAAGUCUGGAUGCUGGCGAACGCGCAUCACAGAAACCCUUGAAUAGCGAGGGAUCCGAUAGCAGGACUAAAUCGAAAAACAACAGCAAAAUGCAAAGCAGCAUCACCAGUGGCGGCGGUAAAACGACAACAACGCGCACUUGCAGCCGCUGCAAUCGCGGUAUACGUCAUUCAUCUUCGUGCUCCUCAGCUUCUGGCGGAGGUGGGGCUGGCGGCGUGGGAAAUGGUAGUGGCAUGACUAUGGAAGAAUUGCGCGCUGUAAAUCGCUAUGCAGAGAGUACAAAGAGCCUUUCCUAUUUGCCACAGGUCCAUGAACGCCAAACCGCACGCAUGCGCACUCGCUCCGAAUGGUUUUUGGGCCCUAGGGAUAGUGAGUUAGCACUGAAUUUGCCCAACACAUGCAGCAAUUGUUGUCUGGCUGCGGUACAGAUGCAGCAGCAGCAACAACACUUACAAUCACAUGGCUAUCUAGGUGGCGGCAGCACCCGUGAUAUGCGCGCGUAUCGUGACGGCUUCGCCGAUGGAGCUGAUGACGAGAAUAGUUUGUUAGUGGGCAGCGGUUGCGCACGUAAUGGCAAUCCGCUUUAUUUGUAUUAUAAGAAACGACCGCAACAACAACAGAGGAAUGAUACUCGGCAGCAAACGCAAGCUGAACAUAUGGACACAGAUGAUACCUGCCAUACGUAUGAUUACAAAUUGCAGCAACAACAGCACCAUCUGCAAGUUGAAUCUACAAAUAUUUAUCCUAGAUCACAGGCAGUAGAUCGACGACUAUUAGAGCCUACAGCAACGACCGCGGCAGCACACAAUGGCUGUGGUCGCCGGUUGUAUUUGGAUGCGAAUGCAACAACCAAUAUCGGUAGCUAUGUCGCCUCAUGUAAUUCUACUAAUAAUAAUUAUAUAUAUGAUUCUAAUGAUAUAACUAAAGCCUAUGCUUUUACUACAACUUCUUUUAUAACUACUUCUACUACUUCUACUCUACAAAUAAACUCAAAUUCUAAUACUACCAAGCCUUCUAUUGAUAACAGUAAUAGUGGAAAUAAUUAUCUAGAGAAUGUUAUGAAUAACAACAGUAACACAGAAAACAAGAACACUAAUUUUACAUUGUUAGCAAGUAGUCGCCAACAUCUAAGCAAUUUGUCUAACACUAAAUAUUCACAUUAUAAAAAUUCAGCGAAAAAACCAGUGCCGACACGCUAUGAUCUACACCGCAUUCAUCACGUUCGCCCACAUAUAAAAAACAUAAACUCGCCUCCAUAUUUGCAUCCAAACUCACAAUCACAGAACCAUCAGCGCCAACAUAUGGACCAAAAACGAUGUUCAAAUCUGCCCAGUCACUACCAUUCGACCGAUUCCGUGCGUUAUUGCUAUGUAGACUUGGAUGUGGAAAUUGUAACCGAGCCGCCAAUGCCCUCAUCACGCUUAUACCACAGUCCGCGAAAGCAAGUAUUUACUGCAAGGCGUUGUAAUUCAUCCAUCGAUCUCUAUAAAGUUGACGGUGAUGGUGUCGAAGACAGCAGUGAUAUCGAUCAUAACUAUCUAACAUACUCGCUAUCGCAUGAUCACCAAGAGCCGGCACUUGAUGAAAGUGCAGUAUCUGCGGUAACUAUUCGCCCGGUAUCUUCUGAAACAUAUUCUGUCUCGACUGGUUUUUUGACUGCGUUGGAUACCUCUGUCGCGACUGUUUCUACGGCAGGGGCAACUGGUGAAACUGGCCGUGACUGGCCACUUGCAGCGGCUGAAGAAGUAGAUUUUAUCCCUACAUCCCGUUUUCGGCAGAGUACACCGCGUAUUCAACGUCGUCAACAGCAAAUGCGUCGGCGGCAACGUUUUUCUUCUACAUCGACGCAAUAUCAGUCACUCAACGCAACGGGAGAGAGCAACCUAAUAUCAACGACGGAGGACGGUGGAAACGGCAGUGGCAAUGGCAGGAACACACGUACUGAAAACGGCAGUCAUUUUGUUACAAUCAUCUUUAAUGUUCUAGACUUUGGCAACAUCCGUUUGAGUAAUAGUGCCGAGUCCAUUCAGUAUCCAGCCACAACCGCACGGCGUUCAUCCUCCCGACGUUUGAUUGGCGUAAACGUGCCACGACAAUAUCCGUUGCGCUCCUCAUUGCGGCGAAAUAGAGAAAAACAGGUGGGCAGUGGUAACACAGUCAAUAACGGUAGUGGCAGCAGUGUCGGUGAUAGCAGUUGCGUCCUCGCCGCUAAUAUUUCCGCAGUCAGCGGUAGUGGUCGUAUGUUGCCAGUUGCUAUAGCGCCAUCAUCAGUGCGUAAUUCUAUUGCAGAAUGUUGCGGCCACGUUGGUACAGAACAAGACAGCCAGUAUAUUUCAAUACCAGCUUAUCCAUUUAGUCGGUUAGAGGACUGCACGAACUCACCAGAAUGCAAACAACCUUAUCCCUCUAGUAUGGUUGGUGAGAAAAUGAUGGGUGAAACUGUAAGCGCCAGCGGAAAUAUGGCCGCUGUGGGCGGUAUUGACAGCAUGCUGAUGGAUACUACAGAAUAUAUGAAAGUCUGCAACAACAGAGCGCCAACAUUCGCUGAUCUAAGUGGCAACAAUAAUUUAGUUUACACCACAGGAGCAAUCAAUAACAGUCCGCCAUUGAUGACGACGCUGAAAUCGGAAAACGUUGUUAGUGCGUCUACAGCGGGACAAUUCAAAAAGAUGGCAAUACAUAACAAAAGCAGGGAUGAAGGCCAACCAGAAGAGGAGGGUGUUUCAACAAUUACAUUUAAGGCGCCGCGUGUAUGAAAAUAGAAAACCAGAGGGACUUCCAAUAUGCAUAAGAAAUAACGUGUCAGGACAAAACAUUAUUCCAAAAUAUUUAUGUACAUGUGCAUAUGUGUAUGCAUGAAAAUAGAUCAAUACGACUAAAGAAAGCAAGGAAACGUAUUUUUUUAAUAUCGUUUUAAACUUGCGCUUGUGUAUCUUAGAGUAAACUAACUGAAUAUCGAAAAAAUUACGGUUAGAGAUUUUGGUAGUUAUAAUGUUAGGCAAGUUGGAUAUAUGCACAUACAUACACAUGCAUUUAUGUAUAUACGGUUGCAUGAAAAGAAUGAACUGUAAUAUAUGUAAUUUAAAUAUAAACAUAUUUAGUGAUAGCAAUAUUUUUUAGAUUACAGUAAAUAUUAAACGGAUUCUAAAACAAUGUUUCAAACAAAACUUUUAUCUAUAUAAGAUCUAGUACAUGUCGUUUUAAAGUACAAAACCACGUAUCAACAAAAUGCAAACACGCUUAUAUUCCAAAAAGGUUCUCUCUUUUAUAAAGCAAUCGCAUUUCUGGCUAGUAUAUUUCAGGAGGAAUGGAUAAGGCUUGAGCCAAAAGUUCGUGUGAGCAAUUCCAAUUUUUGCCAAAAAAAGGUUAGUUACGCGAUUUUGCAGAACGACGAUAUGUGGUUUUGUACCUUAAACGGCGAUAUGCAUGUAUUCAAGUGUGUAAUAAACGCUGUCAAUAUGUAUGACUUAAGUAUAUAAAGAUAUAUAUUGUCAAUAAUGGUUAGAUAGAAGUCUACUGUAAAUAUUUCUUACAAAAAAAUGCAAGUUUUAAUACGUAAAGAUGUCCUUACAUACAUACGUUUCGUUACAUUAAUAUCACUAAAUCCAUCGUAGUCGGAUUUUUCGUGAAAUUUAUGCGAUUACUGAAUUCGAAUUGCUACGAACGUUGCAUAUACUUUGAAUAGAUACAAUGUACGCUCGUAGCAAUUCACAAAAUAUCGAAUCACGAUGGAUUCAGUGAUAGCCCCCAUAAUGUACUACAUACAUUUCGUACCCUUGAUUCACAAAGGCCCUAAU